CCUCCGCUGCAAAACGCACGUUAUAUAAACGGGCGUGACCAUUCCCUGACUUCACACUGGCAAAGCACAACCAUCAGAACCAUCUCGUCUUUUCAAAUCAUUCAACUCGCAGUGAAUUCAAUCAAACGUUUCGAAAUGCGGAUCCAUCUUGCGUUCCUAGGCAAAAGGAAAGGGGAAUCAUUGUCGGUUCGGCCGCAACCGGAAGAGGCCCAAAAAUGGACGGAAUGUUUCUCGACUUUAAUGACAUCCAAAUACGGAUCGUCUCUUUACCGGGCCUUUUUACUACGCGAAUUCAGCAACGAGAACCUGGAAUUUUGGCUGGCCGUCGAAUAUUACAAGAACAUGAAACCCAAAAAAAUGGCAGCUCGGGCUGCGCAGAUUUACCAGGAUUUUGUGGCCGUUCAAGCACCUAAAGAAGUCAAUCUGGAUGCUGAAACGAGGCUCAUUACAUUAACUAAUGUCCAAUCAAGUCAAUUGGACGAACACGCUUUCGAUCGUGCACAAAGGCGGAUCCAGCACAUGAUGGAACGGGAUUCUUACCUGCGUUUCCUCCAGUCGGGACUGUUUCUCGAACUCAUCCAGACGGAAAACUACCCACCGUCACGAUAAAAAAAAAUUACUGGGACCGUGAAAUUCAACUUCAUUCGAAUUAAAGGGACACUGAAAGUUGAAAUGCGGAGAGCGUCUCUGUAAAUCGCCAUCACUCGCACUUUCAUCAUCGCUAGUUCUGAAAAACUGAUCGAUUUCUGUCCUAUUGAUAAACUACCAAAUACUUUUUGUUAUCAAUUAUCGUUUAGAUUUCUUGUUUGUUUUGUUGUGUAGUCAAAUGAACUGUGAUUUUUUCUGCGAUUUUUGACAAAAUGUGGAAACGACUAAUCGGCUGGUUCCGACGACUUCGUCUUCCCUCAAUUGUAAACAUACAUUCAAUUGAUAAUCGUGCCUGUAAAUAAAAUGAAAACAAUAUAUACUAUUUGUAACAUGGAUGUAUCACGUGUGUAUCACUUGAAUAGAAUGAAAUUGCCUUACAUUAAA